GUUGAUGAGGGGAGUGGAACCUCAACCCAGCAUGUUAUUGUGAUAGAGUCUGCAGAUGGAGAAGCUGCAGGUCCUGGAGGAUCAUCUCUGGUCAAGCAGGAGAGGACUAAAGGAGACGAUCCACAACAAAGCAGAAACAUCCAGACUGGAGCAGCGGCUGGAGUGGUGCCCCCUGAAUCCAUGGAGAACCUAUCCACCGCCGCCACGCCCCAGCCCAGGACCCGACACAGCAUCGCGGAGGUCAGUGGAAAGCCGAAUGGCGUCCUCAAGACAGAGACGGACACAGAGACUUUAACUGUCACAAAAAGGCUCUUACACACAGGAUCUGACCACAGAUCAGACACAGAGAGGCUGGGGCUGGGGAGACUGGGCUGUCCUCCUGCUCCCGCCUCAGAGUAUUUACUUUACGGUGACUUGAGGACAGUUCAUUCCCAUCUGGACUCAGGUGACGCGUUAGAAGCUGGCAAUGAUCCGUCUUGUUCUUACACUACAGAGAUGGAACCUGUCAACAUGCCCUUGGGUUUAGAGACACAGACUGAUCAGUCUAGAGGGGACUGGAACCGGUACAGUAGUAGUGUAUACUCUGAAGGGUGCCUAGAUAAGAAAGGGGAGGUUAUAGUGGUAGAUGAGGUGACUGUGAAAGUAGAGGGUGAUACUCCUCCCACAUGGAAUGCAGAUAGUCACCUAGGAGACGGAUAUUCACAGGGCAGAGAUUUCUUAGAUUAUAGGGAAAGUUUAGAGACAAAUCCAAAUGUCGCGACCCACUCCCCUAUACACACGCUCAGGGAUCCCGACCCAGUGUUCACGUCAAUGGGGCCUUCCGAUUCACAGAGCCGCGACCUUUUCGAUCAGGUAUUGAACUCAAAUGAAAGGGCUAGAGCCCAGGUUCAGGAAAGGGGAGCAACAUCAGGCGGUAGUAAAAAGAAACAGUUCCUCUGCAUGUUCUGUAACAAAGGCUUCAGCUGCCCCCAGAAGGUGGAGAUCCACCAGAGGGUCCACACAGGGGUGAAACCCUUCAGCUGUGCCCAGUGUCACAUGCGCUUUGCAGAGGCUGGCACACUGAAGAGGCACCAGAGGGUCCACACGGGGGAGAAACCCUUCGUCUGCCACGUGUGCCGGGCCAGUUUCUCCCACUCAUUCAACCUGAAGAGACACCAGAGGGUCCACACAGGGGAGAAUCAUACAGCUGCCCCCAGUGUGAGAAGUUCUCCCACCAGCACCAGCUGAAGAUGCACCUAUAGGUCCACAUGGGAGAGAGCCCAUUUGCCUGUACGCACUACGGGAAGAGGUUCUCAGAGAGGAGCAACCUCAGGAUGCACCAACAGAAAAAACAUUCCACUUUAUAACAUAGAAAGUAACCAUUCGACUCCAUUGCUUCUGACGUUUAGAUCAAACCCUGCAUUAAAGACAAAGAUUAAUUUUCAUUGUUGUCAGCAGAAAAGAUCCACAGAUGCAUUUGGAUUAACGACAGUAACAGGUUUCAGUGUUGAAUAUAUCUGAGUAGAAUAUUUCAUCCAGACAUUGUGUGAUAUAUAUAUAAGCCUAAAGAGUCUGUGACAUAUUGUGUUUGUACUGUGUAGACUAUAUGAUGUUCACAAAUGCCUAUUUCAUUACUUCCAUUUAACUACUUAAUUUCUUUCCCCAAGACACUUUUAAUGAGUAUAUUAAUGCAGUUGAUCAAGUUCAUGCAGAUUUUUAGUUGAGACAUGACAUGUACAGUUGAAGUCGGAAGUUUACAUACACCUUAGCCAUAUACAUUAAACUCAGUUUUUCACA